AUGUCCGCGACGUCAACAAUCUCCUCACGAACUAACCUCCUCGGCCCGCUAACAACAACAUGGUCCGCACCAAGUCCCUGCCAAUCUGCAUGGCAAGAAUGCGUUACCUGCUCCAAUGCCUGGCAGGGCCAGGGCUGUCUUGAUGACGGCUCAAAUCAAGAUACUUUGACCUGCUGGCCGCCAGUCACAGAGACCGUCUCCGCUAUUGAGGCACCUUUUCUCGGAUUGGGAUUCUAUUCUCCCGGUCUUGCGUGUCCUGUGGGCUAUUCGACGGCGUGUGCCAUGUCUGGUGCGAGUAACGGGUUACAACAGUCGAUAUCGGGUCAACAACAAUUUCAAUUCGAGUAUGCGCCUACUGCGGGCGAGACAGUGAUUGGCUGUUGUCCGUCGGGCUAUGCAUGUGCGACAGGCGUCAACGGCCAAACCUGCUCACGCCAAAUCGCUUCCACAACCGAGCCAUUCCUUACCUGCGCAAGCGGCGCAUCAACAAUAACAACAUCCGUCGUCCUCCCUGAAACAGUUACGACAACGGCUUCGAGCAGUAUAGCUGGAAUAGAGACGAUAACACAAUUUUUGAUUUGGGCGCCGUUGUUUCAGUUGAAUUAUCAAGCCACAGAUCUACCUACAUCGUCGACUCUCAGUACUGCACCAGCAACGACCACAGCGGCCCUGCCGUCGAAUACGACGACCUCCUCCAGCAGUGGUGGUAGCAGCCAUACCACAACAAUCGCAGUCGCAGUUGCAGUCCCAGUGGUGGUUGUCGCACUCAUAGCAGCUGUGCUGGGUUGGUGGCUAUGGAGGAAAAGAGCAAGAGCUGGUCGUGGAUCAUAUGCUGCUGCGCCGCCACCACCACCGGGGUCAGACGACAGAAUACCCAACGCGCCUACAGAAUUAUCACCGCAUAAUGCUUUGGUUGAAAUGGCAGUUCCGAACAAUCCAGUACCGCCGGUUGAGAUGUCGCAUGAACCAAGCGUGCCGAAACCGUUUCAUGGUGCAACGGUACAUGAGAUGGGGUAG